UGAAUUAGAUCUGACGGUCGUAAACAACCGCGUCAUUAAUUUUUUUUUUCCUAUAUAAGCAUUCAUUUGUUUUUCCCUGCAACUCAUUCUCUCUCCUCCAUUGAAGCGCGAAUUUUGAAUUCAUCAUACAUUUUUUUCUCUCUCCUCCAUUGAAAUAGCUUCUGAAAUCUCAUGUCUUUUGUCAAUCGGGGGAGAAUAAGUUUGUGGAUUCUUGUGUUUCAUCGUUGGCGGUUGGUUUCGUAAUUCGUAGUUUUUGGUGUUGACUAGUUAGUUGAUCAUCCUUUGAUCAUUCAAAGUUUCUGGGAGAAUUUGCUGGUGCUGAAUCAUGAAAGGAUCAUUAGGUGUUAAGUCUUUUCCACCGGGGGUUCGAUUUCAGCCAACGAACGAGGAGUUGGUCAUGUAUUACCUGAAGAGGAAGGUUCUGGGUAAAUCUCUGAGUCGUCCUCAGAUGAUUUCUGAGCUUGAUGUGUAUAAGUUUGAACCCUGGGAUCUUCCUGAGAUGGCAUGUCUUAAGACUAAGGAUCGAUAUUGGUAUUUCUUCUGCCCUCGGUCAAAGAAAUACCCUUCUGGAAAUAGAAGUAACAGGGUUGCUAACAAGGGUUAUUGGAAAUCGACUGGAGUGGACAAGGAGGUAAAGUAUAAAGAACGGUGUGUGGGAAAGAUCAAGCAUUUGGUAUUCCACAGUGGAAAGUCUCCGAAUGGGGCAAGAACUAAUUGGGUGAUGCAUGAAUAUGUUUUGAAUGAUACAUUGCUUGCUGACAAAGGCGUGCCCCAGGAUUCAUAUGCAAUCUGUAAAAUCUUUGAAAAGAGUGGUGCAGGACCAAAGAAUGGAGAAGAAUAUGGGGCUCGUUUUGUGGAAGAAGAGUGGGACAGUGACACUGAUGAUAAUGUGCAGGAGAGAACCCCUGGUCUAGUGUCCUGUGAUAUGAGUUUUGGGUGUGUUGGUACUGACUUCACCUCUGUUGCUGCUACUGCUGCUCCUGAUAUGCAUUAUCCAAGCACCCCUGCUGUUAUGGGUACUCCAAACAUCGCUGCUACAACUUCAAACACCAGUACUGUAAUGGGUAUUCCAUACACCGCUGCUACAACUUCAAGCACCACUACUGCUGUUAUGAGUGUUCCUUACCUUGCUGCUCCAACUUCAAGCACCACUACUUCUACAGGUACCCCAUACAUCUCUGCUACAACUCCCUUGGAUGUGCCUAUUGCUGCUCCUUUAUCCUUGGAUGUAUCAGAAGAAGACGAGGUGGACAGACUUCUGCAGCAUUUUACCGAUGAUGCAGAAGAUUUCGAGGACAUUUUUCAAGGAUUAGAGGAUUUAGACAACUCGUUCAUUGAAAUGAACGAUCUUAUUAGGCAUACGAAAAACUGAAGUAGUAUACAAAAGCUACAUUAUUGUCAAAUCUAUACAAUGCAAUCCAAAAUAACACGAGCUGUACCUUUGACAAGAUAUGUUUCGAUUUUUUUCU